AUGACACCACCAAAGAUGUAUCCCAGAACAAUAUCACCGCAAGUGCCUGCGGAUAAUGUUCCAAAUCAAAAGUACGUAAUAGGCGUAUGUGCUAUGAAAAGCAAGGCGACUUCAAAGCCUAUGAAGAGCAUACUAAAUAGACUAGUUGCAUAUAAUGAAAUAGAUGUCAUAACAUUCGAUGAAGAACUCAUACUGACAAAAGAUGUCCAUUCAUGGCCUCACUGUCACACCUUGAUAUCUUUCUUCAGCUCCGGCUUUCCGUUGGAGAAGGCUGAAUCAUAUGCAAGACUAAAGAAGCCUUUUUGUAUCAAUGACCUCACUAUGCAGCGUCUACUUUGGGAUCGAAGACUUGUUCUUGCACUUCUCGACGCAGUAGGAGUCCCGACUCCCCCAAGAAUAAUAAUCAAUAGAGAUCGGUGUAAAGUAGAUCCGAGCGUUAUCGACCAGAUCAAAAUCGCAACAGGCGUCGAAAUUAAUUUGGAUGGUUUUUGCGAGAUUGAGAAUACCCAUGUCGAGAUGGUUGACGAAGACACUGUAAAGAUUGGAGGACAGAUUUUGAAAAAGCCAUUUGUCGAGAAGCCAGUCGAUGCGGAUGAUCACAAUGUGUACAUAUAUUAUUCAAAAGAGAUGGGAGGUGGUGGUAGAAGAUUAUUUAGAAAGGUAAACAACAAAUCGAGCGAUUUCGAUCAGGCCCUGACCACUCCGCGUACAUCCGGUUCAUACAUAUACGAGGCAUAUCUUCCACCCGAUAAUUCUUCGGAUGUGAAAGUAUAUACCAUUGGCCCUGGAUAUACUCAUGCAGAAGCUCGCAAAUCGCCUACUGUUGAUGGGCGGGUAGAUCGUUGUAAAGACGGUAAAGAAGUCAGACGUGUCACAGAAUUGACGGAAGAGGAGAAAGAAAUCUCUGGAAGGAUUGUUAAAAUCUUUGCACAAUGGAUUUGUGGAUUUGACUUGUUGAGAGUAAAGGAGAAAAGUUACGUCAUUGAUGUAAAUGGAUGGUCGUUUGUCAAAGGAUCUGAAAAAUAUUAUGAAGACUGUGCUAGGUUGAUACGAAAGUUGGUCUUGGAAAGAGGGAUGAAGGAACAAAUGCAAAACCGUGACGAUAGGCGUACCGCAGAUGCAGCAGACGAGGCUGACGCCAUAACCCAAAAUGGUACUGUCAAAGACUCGGAUAAAUUGAUCGAAGAAGACGCGUCGUCAGCCGAACGUUCCAAUUUGUCAUUUGCCUCUUUUCUCCCGGACACCAUCCUGCCUAUUUCCAAUUUAGUCCAUAUCGUCACUACCCAAGCGGUUUCCCUUCUUCUCCAAACGAACCAGUCUUUGUCUAUUCUAUUUAACUUGGCGGUCCAGGCCGUAAAACGAUGGUAUGACGAUAUGAGAAAAUUUUUCCAUCCCGAUGCAGUUAUUUCGAAAUGGGCGACCACUGCUCAUUCAGCGGCUAUGCAGUAUGGUGAAACAACAGAGAUUACGCCGUUUGAAAAUUCUGUCAAUCAUGGUGAGCAUGACAGUGACAGUAAUACUUGUCAUAAGAUGGAGAAUGUUGGGUCGGUUGAAAAUGCCGAGAUGGAUGUGAAUGCGCGAACAGCUAGCUCCUUGGAAGAGCGUUUUGACAUUGCAUUCAGGGACCAGAACGACGCGUCAUGGGACGAAGAAGAAGAAGGAUCACAUGAACAAGAAAGCAUUGCUGAUAAUAGUGAUGACGAUGAUAGAAGCAUUGAUAGCAGGGAUAGUGCGGACCAUGAUAAUAGUAGAGCAGCAGAUUCAAAUGAUGAGUACUGUGAUCGUUCCCACUUUGAAAUGUAUGAAUCACAAAUUUCAGAGAUAUCUCAAAAGUCGCCUCACAUCACUUACUCUGACUAUCAUUACGACAAUUGUCCAAUAAUCAACAAGCCAUGGGAAAAGGGUGCUUUGUAG